ACUUUGUGUACCACAGCCCGCGGCGAGCGUCUGCCCGGCCCGAUCUGUCUCGUCUCGUCUCGUCCCGUCCCGUCCGCCCCCCGCAUCGCGCCCCGCCGCCGCCGCCAUGGAGCUGCACGAGUCCCUGUCGUCGCCCCUCAGGGAGCUGAGCGAGAACCCGCAGGCGAAGGCCGCCGGGAAGGCGAAGCGGCUGUCGGUGGAGAGGAUCUACCAGAAGAAAACGCAGCUGGAGCACAUCCUGCUCCGGCCCGACACCUACAUCGGCUCCGUGGAGCUCCUCACCCAGCAAAUGUGGGUAUAUGAUGAGGAUGUGGGACUCAACUACAGAGAUGUGACUUUUGUGCCUGGAUUGUACAAAAUCUUUGAUGAAAUUCUAGUCAAUGCUGCAGAUAACAAGCAGAGGGAUAAAAACAUGUCCUGCAUUAAAGUGACAAUUGAUCCGGAAAAUAAUACAAUCUGUGUGUGGAACAAUGGGAAAGGUAUUCCUGUUGUGGAACAUAAAGUGGAGAAGAUGUAUGUACCUGCUCUUAUUUUCGGACACCUGUUAACAUCUAGCAACUAUGAUGAUGAUGAAAAGAAAGUUACAGGUGGUCGAAAUGGUUAUGGGGCUAAAUUAUGCAACAUAUUCAGUACCAAAUUUACAGUGGAAACUGCAUGUCGUGAAUAUAAGAAACUGUUUAAGCAGACCUGGACAGACAAUAUGGGAAAGACAGGUGAGAUGAAACUGAAAUACUUUGAUGGAGAAGAUUAUACCUGUAUCACAUUCCAACCUGAUCUGUCAAAGUUCAAAAUGACAAGCCUGGACAAAGACAUUGUAGCACUGAUGUCUCGGAGAGCAUAUGAUAUUGCUGGGUCCACAAAAGAUAUCAAAGUCUUUCUAAAUGGAAAAAGGCUGCCUGUAAAAGGAUUCCGCAGCUAUGUGGACCUCUAUCUGAAGGACAAAGUUGAUGAAACUGGUAAUGCACUUAGAGUUGUCCACGAAGAAGUGAAUAAUCGUUGGGAAGUGUGCUUAACUUUAAGUGAAAAAGGCUUCCAGCAAGUUAGUUUUGUAAACAGCAUUGCUACCACAAAGGGUGGUAGGCAUGUUGAUUAUGUAGUUGACCAGAUUGCAAAUAAACUCAUUGAAACUGUAAAGAAGAAGAACAAAGCUGGAGUUGGAGUUAAGCCUUUUCAGGUGAAGAGCCAUAUGUGGAUUUUUGUGAAUUCUUUGAUUGAAAACCCAACCUUUGACUCUCAGACUAAAGAAAACAUGACUCUGCAGGCAAAAAACUUCGGCUCAUCUUGCAAACUGACUGACAAAUUUAUCAAAGGGGUAGUCAGCUGUGGCAUUGUGGAAAGUAUCCUAAACUGGGUAAAAUUUAAAGCCCAGAUCCAACUGAAUAAGAAAUGUUCAUCUGUGAAACACAACAAGAUUAAGGGAAUUCCUAAACUGGAUGAUGCCAAUGAUGCUGGCAGCAAGAAUUCUACAGAUUGUACACUAAUCCUGACAGAGGGAGAUUCAGCCAAAACACUGGCUGUUUCCGGGCUGGGAGUGGUUGGGAGAGACAAGUACGGAAUAUUUCCCCUUCGUGGAAAAAUGCUCAAUGUUCGAGAAGCAUCUCAUAAACAGAUCAUGGAAAAUGCUGAAAUCAAUAAUAUCAUCAAGAUUGUUGGCUUACAGUAUAAGAAGAACUAUGAUGAUCAGGAUUCACUGAAGAGCCUUCGCUAUGGCAAGAUCAUGAUCAUGACAGAUCAGGAUCAAGAUGGUUCUCAUAUCAAAGGCUUAUUAAUCAAUUUCAUCCAUCACAACUGGCCUUCUCUUCUACGGCACAAUUUUCUGGAGGAGUUUAUUACUCCCAUCAUAAAGGUCUCCAAAAACAAGCAGGAGAUUCCAUUCUACAGCAUUCCUGAAUUUGAAGAGUGGAAAAAUAACACUCAGAAUCACAACAGCUGGAAAAUCAAAUACUACAAAGGUCUGGGUACCAGCACAUCGAAAGAGGCUAAAGAAUACUUUGCAGAUAUGGCAAGACAUCGAAUCCGCUUCAGAUACUCUGGCCCUGAAGAUGAUGCUGCAAUCACCCUGGCCUUUAGCAAGAAGAAGAUUGACGAACGAAAGGAAUGGCUGACUAAUUUCAUGGAAGAUAGAAGGCAGCGAAAGCUACAUGGGUUGCCAGAGGAGUACUUGUAUGGGAAAACUGUUAGUUAUCUGACAUACAACGACUUUGUCAACAAAGAGUUGGUCCUGUUCUCAAAUUCUGACAAUGAACGGUCCAUCCCAUCCCUGGUUGACGGUUUGAAGCCAGGUCAAAGGAAAGUUCUGUUCACUUGUUUCAAACGAAAUGACAAACGGGAAGUGAAGGUUGCUCAGCUGGCUGGUUCUGUAGCUGAGAUGUCCUCUUACCACCAUGGAGAGGUGUCACUGAUGAUGACCAUUAUUAAUUUGGCUCAGAACUUUGUGGGCAGUAAUAACCUCAACCUGCUGCAGCCCCUUGGUCAGUUUGGUACGAGGCUGCAUGGUGGGAAAGAUUCUGCCAGCCCUCGAUACAUCUUCACAAUGCUCAGUCCGUUGGCACGGUUGUUGUUUCCACCAAUGGAUGACAAUGUCCUGAAGUUCCUGUAUGAUGACAACCUGCGUGUGGAGCCAGAGUGGUACAUCCCAAUCAUUCCCACAGUGCUUAUAAAUGGUGCAGAAGGAAUUGGUACUGGCUGGUCCUGUAGGAUUCCGAACUUCGAUAUCCGAGAGGUUGUGAAUAAUAUUCGCCGUAUGAUGGAUGGAGAAGAACCUUUGCCAAUGCUUCCUAGUUACAAGAACUUCAAUGGCACAAUAGAUGAACUAGGACCAAAUCAAUACAUGAUAAAUGGUGAAGUGUCUAUCCUGGAUUCUACAACCAUUGAGAUCUCUGAGCUACCAGUAAGAACAUGGACACAGACCUACAAAGAGCAGGUGCUGGAACCCAUGUUGAAUGGUACUGAGAAGACUCCCCCAUUAAUCACAGACUUCAGAGAAUAUCAUACAGACAAAACGGUCAAGUUCAUAGUGAAGAUGAGUGAACAGAAACUGGCUGAAGCAGAAGCAGCUGGACUGCAUAAGGUUUUCAAACUCCAAACAAGUUUAACAUGCAAUUCCAUGGUGCUCUUUGACCACGUGGGCUUUCUCAAGAAAUAUGAAACUCCUCUGGAUAUUCUACGAGAGUUUUUUGAACUCCGAUACCGGUAUUAUGGAUUGAGAAAAGAAUGGCUUCUAGGAAUGUUGGGGGCCGAGUCUUUGAAACUCAACAACCAAGCUCGUUUCAUCUUGGAGAAGAUUGAGGGCAAAAUAGUGAUUGAAAACAAACCCAAGAAAGAACUGAUUCAGGUUCUUAUCCAAAGAGGCUAUGAAUCUGAUCCUGUGAAGGCAUGGAAGGAAUCUCAACAGAAGGAUGCAGAAGAUGAAGUAGAUGAGGAUGACCAGGAUAAGGAACCCACAGCAGCCUCUGGACCAGACUUCAACUACCUGCUGAACAUGCCCCUUUGGUAUCUAACUAAGGAGAAGAAAGAUGAGCUCUGCAAACAGAGGGAUUCCAAAGAAAAGGAGCUGGAAAGUCUGAAACUCAAGAGUCCUUCAGAUCUGUGGAAGGAAGACCUGGCAGUUUUUGUUGAAGAGCUUGAUGCUUUGGAAGCCAGAGAAAAACAGGAUGAGCUGGCUGGCAUCACUGGCAAACCGAUCAAGGGAAAAGGAGGGAAAUCGACAAUGAAAAAGCUACAACUGGCUGAAACACUGCCAUCACCGCAUGGCAUAAGAGUUGUUCCGCGAAUAACUGCAGAGAUGAAGGCAGAGGCAAAAAAGAAGACAACAAAAAAAGUCAAGAGUGAAAAAAUGGAAGGGAACUCAGGAGAAGAAAAGGAGCCUUCAAAUCUUAAACAAAGAUUAGUAAAAAAAAUGAAGACUGAGCAAGGUCAGAAGAAACAGACCACACUGCCAUUCAAGCCAGUAAAGAGAGAGAAGAAACGAAAUCCUUGGUCUGAUUCGGACUCUGAUUCCGCUUCUGAGUGUGAAGUUAUUGAUGUGGUCCCUCCUAAAGAUAAGCCACUUCGCCAAACAGCAACAAAGGUGCAAUACACUUUUGAUUCGGAUUCAGAGGAAGAUCUUGCCAGUCAGAAAGUCAGUGCAGAUGAUGUCUCUGAAGAAAGCUCAACUGUGGAGGAGUCUCCAAAGCCUAAAGUUGCCGCAAAGAAAACCAGUAAAACUGCAGUUAAAGAGGAAAACAAAUCACAACCUGUGCAAAGCUCUAUUGCCAAUAAGCAGCCUACCAUCAUUGAUGUUCUAACCAAGGAAAAGGCACCCUCCAAAUCCAGGAAGGCAGCAUCUAAGGCAGAAUCUUCAAGUUGUGGUGCUAAAGUAACAGCCCCCAAGAAGCCUGGCCCAGCCAAAGUAACGAAGAAGAAAGUAACAAAAAGGAAGCCAUCUUCCUCAGAUUCAGACUCAGAUUUUGGAUUAAAGCCCUCCAAGUCCACUGCAGUGAAGAAAACCAAGACGGAUGAAUGUGACUUUUCCGAUGACCUAAACUGCUGUACAGAUAUCCCCAGCACACCUGUUCCUCGUGCAAGGCCUGGACGUGCCAGAAAGCCUAUUCAGUACAUUGAAGAGUCUGAUGAGGAAGACAUGUUUUGAAAUGUGGACAAAAUUUAAAAAUACUUAUCUUAAUUAAACUAUAAAUUAGCUUUGGGCAGAGCCUGAGCCAUGCUGUCAUCAAAGAAUUACAGCUCAGAUUAUAGCAAAUUGAGAUCCAGGAAGUCAUUUUACUGAUUCACCUGUGCCUGCCCCAAGAUUAUUAUACUGCAUGUAAAUACAGAACUAAUUUUCCUAUAGCUUUAACCCAUUAGUAUUGGUUUGACCCUCCCCUCCCCCCUACCUCAAAAUACCUAGCAUCAAUUAUACAAUGAAUACAAUGAGCAAAUCCUAUCCCCAGUUAGUUGGAAGCCCUGCUAUCUUUCUGGACCCUUUGUGGUCAUUUUAGUGUAGAAGCAAAUUUUUACAGAUGACAAAUCCCUUUAUAUAGACACUCCCUCUUUGGAUUGCUUUAAUGUUUGCAGAGAUGUAUUGUACAUCUCUUAAGCUGCACAACCCCAAAGUAUAAGCUGCCAAACCCUUAUCCAGAGUUUUCCUGAGUUGUACCCCUCUCUGACUUUGCAAGGCCAAGCCUUGCUCUUUUAUAUCUGAGUUGCCAUAUUCAGAGUUUGUCUUAACCUUGUCAUAUUUUAAUCCCUAUUUCAAAUAGUGUUUGCCAUGACUGAAAAAGUUGGUGCAAGUCAGUUACUUUACUACAUUUGGUGUGGGGUUUUAACGUGUGCAUCACUGGCAAGGAGCCCAUCAACACAGCAAUCACUUCCCCCUGGUAAGAGGUGCUUAUGGUUGUGAAUAAACUUCAACAUAAAAAAGCCAAAGGACACCUCUGAGCUGCAUAUCAGAAGCAGCUUUAAGGGAAGCAGUAUUGUCAGUGGUGAGGGUGCUUGCUCAUCCUAUGUGGAGGUGCUUUUAAUAUUGACCUGCAUCUGAAAGAAAUCUUUAAUGUUUAAAUUAACUUUACGAAAGCAUGCAAGUUGUUCCAAUGAGAACAUUAAAAAGUGGCUGAGCCUUGUCCAUUGGGCUUCACCUACUGUUGUGUCCCAAGUAGCAGCCAUCAUCAAAAUGGUUGCUGCAGCAGCAGGAGGCUCAGGCAGUGGAGAUAUCACAUUUUUGCAACAAAGUUUUAUUAUCCUGUUGACAAGGGGCUUCCUCCCACUGAUGUGUGCACAAAGUGGGUGUAUCUUUCCUGUGGCGCCUGUGUAGACCACCUGUUAGCUUCUGGUGGUUCAGGUUGGGCUGUACCACUACAAUAGCCCAAUGCUGGUCACCACGGGCGUCUGCUGGCAGCAGCAUGGAAGCCAAUGUAAUCCAUAUUCCCUGCAGAAGGAGUUGGGAAGAGUUCCAUUUGUUUUCCCUUAUUACUUCACUGGAGUAUUUAUCUGAUUUUUAAUGGUAUGCUUUUUCUAUGCCCCAGAGCAAAAUUUUGUGGUUGUUUGUCUCUGUAAAUAUUCUCUGUUUUUUGACAACCGUGUUCUGAAACUGUCUUUUUUUAUAUUUCUCUAAUAAAUUUUUUUUUUUUUUACCUCA